AGUCGUACCAAUGCGUCAUAUCAAAAUGGCGUAUACAAGCGUGUUGCACGGGGAUUACAACAACAUUUUCCCCAACGAUAUUGCUUAAUUAGAAUGUAAUUGUCUUGUGCAUCUAUUUCUUAAAUGAUCUUUUACGAUAUUUAUUCAAAACAACAAGCAGGAUUACCAUUUAAAGAAAAAAUUACUUUGGAAAGAUUUGUUUACAUCAGCUGGGGGCGGGCUUUUGUUUAUUAUACUUGGUAUUAGAAUCAUCUAGGAUGGAAGACGCUGAUAUGAUUCGUGAGCUUGAGAAUCUCCAUGUUUUAAACAAAGACUUUCAUAACAUGGAUUCUUUAAUGAAUGCUCUAGAGGAGAGCAUAGGAAAGGAGAGAAGUGGAAGGUUGUUAAACGUAGUUUCGAAGAGGGUUUCAAAGAAGCGUAGAUCAGCAAGGCGGCACAGACAUUCGACUAGUUACGUUCAUUCAGAGAGUAGUCCAGAUGAAGCGGUCACCAAAUCAUCAGCAAUGACACACUCAGACACCGAACAGAGCAUGCAUCAUAGUCGACACUUUUUUUCAUCUUUGGUGGAGAGUGAUAGUGUAACAGAAAGCAUUCCUAUAAGAAUCUGUAGGCGAAGAAGAAGGCAUAAACGAAUGGCUGUAGAUCCAUCACCGUCCCGGGAUCAAGCUACUGUUCAAAGUCAUAUUAAAGGGAAAAGAAACAAAAAAUCGUCUAAAAAAGAAGACUCUAAAAUGGACGUAGAAAAUCAUAUAUCAAUUCAACCGGGUAAAAGGAAAAGGGGCUAUAGAGAAAAUAAUAGUGAAUCUUUAGAUGUUGAAGAAAUGGGAGAGAAUAGGCUUAGUCGCUUCCUCCAUCAAAUGUCUAGAGAAAGUUCAACCUCAAUAUCAAACAGUGAAGGCGAUAGUGACGCUACUUUUAGUUGUUCCAACGAUGAAGGUCGUGAGGCUGAUGAUGAACAUUCGGACUUUUUUCACGAAGGUGGAACAACAUGUGGCGUCAUUCCUUGGUGGGAAAAUACUUCGUCCAGAAGAACAAACGUUGAACAGAAUGCGCCCGAUUCGGAUUUAGAUCACGUUUUAAAUGCUAAAAGCUGCUUAGCCAGACUUAUCGGAAAGGGAAGAAAGUUUAAGUGUGGCAAAAGGUUGUUUCAAACUAGGUGUCCUGGUUACACAAUGGCAAAUUUUUUAUCUGAGCAAAACAAGUGGACUCGUCACAAUUCUAGUAAAAGUCCUUUCGUAUCUUCAUCUCCAAGUGUAGCAGAAAUAAAAAGACGGCGAAAAACGCCCCCAUGUAGUCCCUAUAAAGAUGGUACUAUAUCACCAACUUAUUGGUCGAUACCUGCAUAUUAUCGAGAGAUACAUUCAUUGUUGUCAACAUACGACGAUUUCGUCGAUUAUGAGACAUUCGUUAAAUUUUGUGCAAAGUCUGGACUGUCUAGACCGGUCUUAACUCAGAUUUGGGAGAGUUUGGAAACGAAACAUGAAAAGAUAUCCAGAAAUGGUUUAUAUAAAGCUCUCGCUUAUAUAUCCCUUGCUCAGGCUGGUAAAUCAUUUAACGAAAAAAUUCUUGAGAGUUAUCAGGGACAAGAACUACCAAUUCCAUCUAUGGGCGAUAUGAAAGAACUGCAAAAAGACUUAGCCAAAAUAAAACGAGAGAAAUUCUCAAGUGAUUUAAACUAUUCAAUAACAGAGUUGGAACAAAUUGAUCAGGUUACAGUAAAAUUAGUUCCAGAGAAGAAAGGAAUUAUAUUAAAACACGUUGAGUACGAAGUUUAUAGCAAUAAAUAUAAUAAAGCUGUUGAAAGAAGGUAUAACGACUUUCUAGCCCUUCAUGAACUAUUACUGCAGAGAUAUCCUUAUAGAAUUAUAGCAAGAUUGCCUCCUAAAAAACUUUUAGGUGCUAGCAGAGAAUUUAUUGAAUGUCGACGUAAAUGGUUAGCAAGAUUUUUAACUAUCUGUGUUCGACAUCCUGUUGUGGGGCAAGAUGAUGUCAUAAAGUAUUUUCUUACAUUUACCGGAACGGAUACUUGUCACAAAAUGAAAGAGCACUUCAAAGGAUUACCUGACGAAUUUAUGACUGAUAAAAAUGCGACUUUAGUGAGAAAUUUAGUCACUGAAGAUGCUAAUCUUCAAUUUAUGUCUAGUAGGGAGUUUGCUCGUCAGUUAGAAAUUGCCUGCUGUCGACUUAAAGAAAUUGCUGAAAGACAAGUUUACAGGUCUUCCUCCUACGCAAGAGAUAUGUUUCAAAUGAAUAAAGAGUUAACAGCUAUCGGUACGAUAACUACGCCGGUCAGUAACUGGUCGACAGGUGAAUCAAAAAUUUGGAAAUUCUUGAAGCCUGGAUUUCAAAAAAUAGCUGCAGAAUUUUGUACGGUUGCUCAAGUCUCCGGAAGUCAAGCGAAAGAGGAAGACGAGGAAGUGCUCGAAAAUAUAUCCUUACUUCUUGAUGUCCUCUAUGGGUACAGAGACCUAUGCGAUCGUCACGAGAAGGGCGUCAUUCAGGACCACCAGAGGGCUCUGAGUAAAUUAAGUCAGUAUAAGAAGAGAAAGAAUAGUGGGUCAACGAAUGGUCGAAUAGUAGAGGAUAGAAGUGGUAAUUUUGAAAGUCGUAUAUUAGAGCAAGAGGAAGCUAUCGCAAACCUGGAAAAUCGAAGUUUUUUCGCUUUGCAUUGUAUAAAAAGGGAAACUCAAUUGGUUCACGUUUUCUUGAGUUAUCUUUAUACAGUUGUAAAAUCUCUUGUUAAAUGUGAAAUAAGAGCAUAUAGCGAGUUGGCCUCUGCAUGGAACAAACUGGAACCACUCGUUAGAAAUCUUAUACAGGAGAAUGCUAAAACAGAUACAUAA